AUGAAAAAGUAUAUUAGCUCUAGACCGGGCCGACCACCGAAACGCGCGUCAGGAGUCGGAUUAUCUCUGGCCGCGACGCAAUUCCCGGGACAUCCCUUCAAGAAGCACCGCCUCGAGAACGGAGAAUAUUCACCUUAUGAAAACGGACAUAUGAGUGAAAUGGCUCGCAUGGAGAAGUCGCCGCUUUUAGCGAACGGCUACAAUGCACCACCUACCCAUCUAACGCCUAUGGGUUUCAUGCACCAGCACGCACUCAUGUCUCCCGGUAUGCCACAUCCGGGCGUACCCCGACCUGAUGGAUCCAUCAUCAAAGGACAGCCAAUGCACAAUAUGGAGGCACUUGCAAGAUCUGGUAUUUGGGAGAAUUGUAGAGCAGCUUAUGAGGACAUCGUUAAACAUCUCGAAAGAUUGCGUGACGAAAGAAGCGACAUGGAGCGAGUGAUGGCGAUGGAUAAGGCCCGGGAAGGUUCACAUAACGGUUCUUCCCCAGGCCACAGUCCAGUACUCAACUUGUCAAAAUCUGGUUCCGGUGGAGAACGUGAAAGGAUGGAACGGAGCGACCGUGAUCGCGAUCGGGGUGAAGGUUCAGCGAGCGGCCGAAGUUCGGCAGCCUCACGCCGAAGCCCACAGCCGCCUCGACUGCCGUCUGCUGCAACAGCCGCUGCCAGUCCGCGAUCGCAUUCAGACGAAAGUGAUGCGCCGCUCUCUGACCAAGAAGAUCACAAUGUUAAAGAUGAAGACGACGGUGGAGAUCUAAGCGAAGGCGAACGCGAAUUGCCAGCUUCGUUAUCACCUGCACCGGUGAGCUACGCGGCCCAGUCUGGGUCGCCAACCAACGUACCGGUAGACCCCACCGCAGACACACUGGUCUCUUCCACUGAGACCCUUCUUCGAAACAUUCAGGGAUUACUGAAAGUGGCCGCCGAUAACGCCCGGCAGCAGGAGAGACAGAUUAGUUACGAGAAAGCUGAACUGAAAAUGGAUGUACUGCGAGAACGAGAAGUCAAAGACAACUUAGAGAGGCAACUUCUUGAUGAGCAGAAAAUGAGAGUAAAAUAUCACAAACUGCUAAAAAAAGAGAAAAAGCAGCGUAUGAUGAUUCAAGAACAUCUUGAAAUAGAGCUGAAGAGAAGACAUAAGAUUGAAGAGGCUCUAAAACAGUCUGGCGCUCCUUCCGAGAUACUCAGAAUAGUAACAGAGAAUCUGACAUCAUCUAAUCAAGAAACUCCUCGUUCUGAACGUGAGAACGGGUCAGAAAGAGAAAGCAAACCUCCCAGUGCUGAACCUCCAGCAGCCUCACCACCUUUCCAGAGGGAUCCUCCUCGUACGCCUGACAAACCUCAGUGGAACUAUCCCCCGCCGCCUGUAGACAUCAUGGGUGGAGGUGCUGCGUUUUGGCAGAAUUACUCUGAAUCCUUGGCGCAAGAGUUGGAGAUGGAGCGCAAGUCCCGCCAGCAGGCCAUGGAGCGUGAUGUGAAAAGCCCUCUGUCAGACCGAGCUAGCUACUACAAGAACUCGGUGUUGUUUAGUUCGGCUACUUAG